AGCUUCAUAACACCCCACCGCGUUUGCAUUUUGAUCAAUCUCCGAGUAGUGUUGUGCGAAUCGUGUAGUGUAUAAGUAAUUUAUAUUUUUUAAUUCAAAAUGAGGGAAAUCGUGCACAUCCAGGCCGGUCAAUGCGGUAACCAGAUCGGAGCUAAAUUCUGGGAGAUCAUUUCCGACGAGCACGGCAUCGACCCCACCGGCGCUUACCACGGCGACUCAGAUUUACAGUUAGAACGCAUCAACGUAUACUACAAUGAAGCAUCCGGUGGCAAAUAUGUACCCCGCGCUAUCCUCGUCGACCUCGAGCCUGGCACCAUGGACUCCGUCCGCUCUGGACCUUUCGGACAAAUCUUCCGCCCUGACAACUUCGUUUUUGGACAAUCUGGAGCCGGUAACAAUUGGGCCAAGGGACACUACACAGAAGGCGCUGAAUUAGUCGACUCAGUCCUCGAUGUAGUCCGUAAAGAAUCAGAAUCAUGCGAUUGCCUCCAGGGAUUCCAGCUCACACACUCCCUUGGUGGUGGUACCGGCUCCGGUAUGGGAACACUCCUUAUCUCCAAAAUUCGUGAAGAAUACCCCGAUAGGAUCAUGAACACAUACUCAGUUGUCCCCUCGCCCAAAGUAUCAGACACGGUCGUAGAACCCUACAACGCAACACUCUCGGUACAUCAACUAGUAGAAAACACAGACGAAACUUACUGCAUUGACAACGAGGCUCUAUACGACAUCUGCUUCCGCACGCUCAAACUGUCCACACCCACCUAUGGUGAUCUCAACCAUUUAGUAUCCCUUACAAUGUCUGGUGUCACCACUUGCCUGAGGUUCCCUGGUCAGCUCAACGCCGAUCUCCGUAAAUUAGCUGUAAACAUGGUGCCCUUCCCCCGUCUUCACUUCUUCAUGCCCGGAUUUGCCCCUCUCACAUCCCGUGGAAGCAGACAAUACCGCGCCCUCACCGUGCCAGAACUCACCCAGCAGAUGUUCGACGCCAAGAACAUGAUGGCCGCGUGCGACCCACGCCACGGACGUUACCUCACGGUGGCCGCCAUCUUCCGUGGCCGCAUGUCCAUGAAGGAAGUGGACGAGCAGAUGCUCAACAUCCAGAACAAGAACUCGUCGUACUUCGUCGAAUGGAUCCCCAACAACGUGAAGACCGCCGUGUGCGACAUCCCGCCCCGUGGUCUCAAGAUGGCCGCCACCUUCAUCGGAAACUCCACCGCCAUCCAAGAGCUGUUCAAGCGCAUCUCGGAGCAGUUCACGGCUAUGUUCAGGCGCAAGGCUUUCUUGCAUUGGUACACCGGCGAGGGCAUGGACGAGAUGGAGUUCACCGAGGCGGAGAGCAACAUGAACGAUCUGGUCUCGGAGUACCAGCAGUACCAGGAGGCCACCGCCGACGAGGACGCGGAAUUCGACGAGGAACAAGAGCAGGAGGUUGAAGACCACUAGGCGGUUGCGUUGCAACUUAGUUACUAAAUUAAUUGCCAUUAUCGUCUCGUUACUCUCGUAACAUUAAUGAUUCCUAGUAUCUGAAAAGGCCCGCUUUCUAACUUUUAACAGAACGCAUGAGUUAACAAAUCCCCGUUUUGACAUGAAAGCAUUUGUAUUAUUUAAUACAUUCCUUGUGAUUCCAACCCUCGAUGAGGUCUAGAUCUGUAAAUGCGAAGGCUGAUAAAAUUGUAGUCCCCCUUUAUUUAUUGUAAAGUUUGGACGUAGCCCGCAGCCAAACGGAAAUGUUUAUCGGCUUCUAAUACAGAAGUGUUGAAUAAAAUUGUGUUGAACAAUAAUUUAAUGUAUAUAAUAAAGAUUUUUAUUUAUUAAA